GGAACACAUACAAUCGAAGCAUCAAGAACACGACUCGAUAUUUUUUUAAAUAGUGAUGUAAUAAUGUAUUCUUUAUCCCAAUAUAACUUCAUUGAAUUCCGUUGGAAUUAACAGCACUGAGAUACAAUCACUCUGAGAUGGUCGGUGUUUAUUGCUUUGGGAUUAUUUCAGUAUGUGUGUUAGUUUUAGUGCAAAUCAGGUCAUCUGUUAGUGUUACUUCUGAACCUCGGACCCAUUAUGAGGAUGGCCACAACUAUCAUCAUCGAAGGAGUACGACGGUACGAUCAUGUGACACAGAACAAAUGGAAUAUAGACUGGCGAAACUGGAAGCCAAAGUCGAUGAAAAAUCUGAGAACCUUGUUGCUGAGUUGAGGGAAAGCAGUCGGAGGAUACAUUCAUUAGAGAUGCAUAUUUCGGAAGUGCGAAGAAUAGUUGCAGAUUUCAGCUCGGAGCUUGGGAGAACCACCGAAUCCAAUGUGUCAACAAAAUUUCAACAAGCUCCUGCUCAAAGAGCUGACAACGAAAAGUUAGAGAUACGAAUUGAAAAUCUAUCCAAAGGAAUACAACUCGUUGUGGCAGCACUGCGAAACCUCAAUUCAGACAUCACUUGGGUGAAAAAGAAUAUAUCAAACAUCGCGGCUGAAACGAAAUAUCUGGCCCUUCUGGAACGUGAUCAACGUCUUCCUACUACCCCUACAGAUUCGUGGGCACUGAAGAACACUACAUCCAGACCAAUUGCUAGGAACUGCCGGGAUAUACAGGAUACAGGUUACAGUGUAUCUGGAAUUUAUAAAAUCCAACCAGAAUAUGCCCAAAAACCUUUUAUGGUGUUCUGUGACAUGGAGACGAGUGGUGGUGGUUGGACCUACAUCCACAAUAGAUUUGAUGGAUCACAAGAUUUCUUUCUGGAAUGGAAUGACUACAAAACUGGAUUUGGAAAUAUUGGUGGAGAAUUUUGGCUUGGAAUGGAACACAUCCAUCAGCUAACUGGUAAUGAUCUCAACGAACUGCUUGUUGAGUUGGUAGACUUCAACAAACGAAGAGUAUAUGCACAUUACACUGCUUUUGGCAUUGGUUCUGAAGCCGAAGGAUACAAUUUGAAAGUUCUGGGGGGGUACAGCGGUAAUGCAGGAGACUCCUUAGUGUAUCACGCUGGAAGCCGAUUCAGUACUAAAGAUCGAGAUCAGGAUAGAUGGAUCGAAGGAAAUUGUGCCAAAGCUCAUAGUGGUGCAUGGUGGUAUGGUGGAUGUGACACCAGCAACCUGAAUGGCAGAUACCUCCAUGGCGAUAUUCCAGAGGAUUUGGCCUUCCAGGGCAUGUACUGGGAUGAAUUCAAAGGAUCCAGAUACAGCUUAGCAGAGUCUAGGAUGAUGGUGAGACCUCGAGGGAGAGAUAGUCCUGACAUGGUCAGUGCUGAUUCGACCAUGAGCAGAAUGGGCGAUGAUUAUUAGUCUGGAUCGAAGAAGGCAAAUGAUUUUUGAGGCUUUGGAUCUGAUGGAUAGCCGACUAUAAUUUUGUGUUCAAAUCUACAACUGCCAAUAGUAUCAUCAUCACUCCAAAUAAUAUAUAUAUAUUUGAGUGGGGUUUCAUUCUAUUUUUCAUACUUUUUGUUUGUAACAAGUAUUUCGAUACUGAAAUCAGCUGAAUGGUUUGAUAGUGAAUGAAAUUUGCUAUGUUCACCAUAUGGUUUUCUAUAUAGUUUCAUUUCAUUUUCAAUUAAAAUUUUUAUUGUUCAGAUUGGACACAUGUUUUUUAAGCAAGUAGAUAUACAUUAGUGAAAGCUAGAAAAUGAUUGGAAAAUAUUUGUCAUCGUAUUUAGUAUCGAAUAAAUAUUGUGAAUCAAACUCAGAA